CAUUUGCUGUGAUUGCGCCUCUGGUGAUAAUCACUUCUGCGGUCGGUUAACCGUCUAGAUCCCAUAGAAGACAGACCGGCCUGGACUAUUCCUUGCCAAGAUAAUUAACACGAUUGAGUCGUCCAGGUGGUUGCUUGCGCAAGGCUUUGUAUCCUCGUCCUGGACACUAUUGGGCAAUUCGAACAGCACAUUCCUCCGGCCGCGUGGCGUCUCUUGUUGGUAACUGCCUCCUGAUAAUUUUUCCGCUUUCUAGUCAUGUCGAGUCCUUGUCAGACUUAUAUCGUAUCCUUGUUGUGACUCCGCUGUGCAAUUGCAUCCAUCCAGAACCUCAGAUCUUGCACUGUCUUGCCUGCCGAGUUGCACAUCAUGAGUGAGACCAGGUUCGAGGACUCAGUCAAUGCAGGCGAAAAGCCCAAUAUGAGUACAGAGGGUACUCAAACAAAAGUAGAAAGUCAUGUUACCGAGAUUGAUGACGAGGAUGGCCGAGAUCCCCGGAAAUGGAGUCCAAGGAAGAAGCUUCUUGUGUUUGUCGCACUCAUGUCAAGCUCUAUCUUGGCUGAUGGAGGGAUGACCUGGGGUGCGACAUUGAUCGUGCCUCAAGCGUUGGAGUGGGGAGUCAGCGUUGAUCAUUCCGCGACCAGUAUGAACUACGGCAUGCUGUUACAGGGUGUUGGUGGUCUGAUGGCCAUACCAUUGAUAGAGGCGUAUGGACGCCUCCCGGUGUGGUUGUGGCCGCAGUUCGUCACCACUUUCAUGGUCCUCGGAGCGACGUUAUCCAACAACUAUAGCACCUUCACUGCGUUUCGCUCUCUCCAGGGUCUCUUUGGCACGAUCCCACAAGUCGUCGGUUUGCCGAUUAUUCAUGACAUGUAUGAGCCGAAGGAUUGGCCUCAGAUGAUCAAUAUCUGGGGCACUACCUUCUUGAUCGGGCCCUUUCUAGGCCCUGCCCUGGCCGGAUAUAUCGGUGCCGGCAGCAAUUGGAAGGCCUCGUUUGGCGUUCUGACGGCUUUCUACGCGCUGUCGACGGUCCCGAUCUUUCUCUUCGGAUACGAGACUUACUAUGCCAGAGGACAUCAAUGCCAGCGAAAUUCGCGCCUCCAGUCAAUGGUUGGAAUCAAAAACCACAACCUACCGGUCGGGCGCACUCUGGCCUACUGGACCAAGACCCUUGCCAUACACAUCUUCAAGUUCCCGCUCCUCUUGACAGGAAUUGCAACAAUGGUCAACUUUUGCUGGCCGAUCGGUAUAACUGUGACCGUUUCCACGUUUGUUGCGCAGCCUCCGUACCUUUUCAACACAGUCCAGUCGGCAUCACUGCGAUGGGCCCCAAUCAUCGGAGGCUUACUUGGAUAUGCCUUUGGCUACUGGUUUAAUGGUUGGAUUGAAAACUCUCGCCAGCAGACGUGGCGUCCCGAGUAUCGACUGCAUGGUGUCUGGGUUGCCAUUGGAGUCAUGGCUUGUGGACUGCUCACAUACGGCAUGACCCUGAACUACCAUAAGCAUUGGAUUGGUCUCGCAUUUGGCUGGCUAAUGGUUGUGUUUGGCAUGAUCUCCAGUACAGUCUCGAUCACGGCAUACAAUCUGGAGAAAUAUCCCGACCAGUCAACAGUAGUCUCAGCCAUCAUCAAUGCCUGGCGUACAGCCAGUGGCUUCUCAGUCGGAUACUUUCAGCCCUCCUGGAUCGCGAAAGACGGGACUGCGGCAGUUUUCGGAACACAGGUGGCGGUAGUUGUUGCGGUUCUGAUCCUCACAAUCACCCCUGUCAUAGUCAUCGAAGGACGGAAACCUAAACCCACCAUUGGCGAGGCAUGA